GUGAUUGGUGUUUGCCGGCGAUUGUUCUGCGCUCCAGCCUCUUGCUGCGGCUGGCCGCUGUGGCAGUUGUGUGGCAUUAAACGGUAGUUUUGUCGUGGAAGGUUCUAGCAACAUUUCUCUAGUACCCAAAUCCCAGAACAUUUUAUCGGGCGUUCAACCAAAAUUGCUGCAGCGGAGGCUAAAAUUCAGUUACACCAGGCUUCCCGAGAUCGCCUCCCAUGGUUCUUCCUUCUCUCUUUAACAGGUCGCCGUCAAAGAAGUCCAAAGACGCCACACCGACCCUCGCUCAUAGAACCUCGUCGACGCCCAGCACCCAAGGCACCCCUCCCAGCUCGCCCGACAAAAAAUCGCACUCUCGUGUCAAGGAGCGGGAACGCACUAGCAGUAGUCGGCGCUCCUCCACAUUCUCGUCGAAGCGCUCGUCCAAGUACGACGCAGACACACACCCGCUUAAUCUGUCUCCGGAAGAGCGGCAGCGCUUGUCCUUCUCAGCUAUGUCCGCCAUGGAUGUCGACCGCGACUCGUCCUCGCCCGCACCCCCCAGCCCCGCUACAGAAGUCCCCGGCGGCUUUCCCAAGACGAAUGGCACAAACGGCGACCACGAGAGCCGCCCAGCUCCUCCACCGCACCGAUACACCAAGAGCCCGCCGCCAAACAGCGGCAACUAUGCAGCAACAUCGGAGGCUGCGACACCGCCUGCAGAGAUGCCCACAAUAGAUGCCGAGGAGUACAAGGCUGCGGGCAACAAGUUCUUCAAGAUCAAGGACUACCCCGCAGCUAUCAAGGAAUACUCGAAGGCUAUCGAGGCUGACCCCAAGAAUGCCACCUACUACUCCAACCGCGCGGCGGCCUACAUCUCCGCCAACCGUUUCGCCGAGGCUCUGGAGGACUGCAAGACAGCAGACAAGAUGGAUCCAGAGAACAUGAAGAUCAAGCUGCGAUUGGGCAGAGUAUACACCAGCCUGGGACGACCAGACGAGGCUCUCCAAGUCUACAACUCGAUUGGUGCCACAGCGAAGGACAUGCAGCCUGCGGUGACCAUGAAGAAGAACCUCGAGAUGGCCGAGCAAACUGCAAAGGACGGCGGCGGUGGUUCCAUGGUCAUCUAUGCUCUCAACGAGGCUGAGAAGGGUCUUGGUGUUAGUGUCGAGCGCCCACGGAAAUGGCAGCUCCUGCGCGGUGAGGCCCACCUGCGCAUGGGUAACGUCAAUGCGCUGGGAGAGGCUCAGAACGUCGCUAUGUCGAUGCUGCGAAACAACAACCAAGACCCCGAUGCGCUUGUACUCCGCGGCCGUAUCUUGUACGCACAAGGCGAGAACGAUAAGGCGAUUCAGCACUUCAGACAAGCACUGAGCUGCGACCCUGACUUCAAGGAUGCAGUCAAAAACCUUCGCAUGGUGCAGAAGCUUGAGCGCAUGAAGGAGGAAGGUAACUCUGCCUUCAAGGCUGGUCGUUUCCAGGAGGCGAUUGACACAUACGGCAAGGCCCUUGAGGUCGAUCCGUCGAACAAGCUCACAAACUCGAAGAUCCUGCAAAACCGAGCCCUCUGCCACUCCCGCCAGAAGAGCUGGACGGCCGCGAUUGCCGACUGCGACAAGGCUCUCGAGUUGGACCCAGGUUACACAAAGGCUCGCAAGACAAGGGCAAAGGCAUUGGGCGAAUCUGGCAACUGGCAAGAGGCAGUUCGCGAGUACAAGGCAAUUCAGGAGGAGAACCCAUCUGAGCCUGGUAUUGCCAAGGACAUCCGCAAUGCUGAGCUGGAAGAGAAGAAGGCCCAGAGGAAGGACUACUACAAGAUUCUUGGGAUUGAGAAAGAUGCAACAGAACAGCAGAUCAAAAAGGCUUACCGCAAGCUCGCCAUCGUACACCACCCCGACAAGAACCCGGGUGAUGAGGAGGCUGCCGAGCGAUUCAAGGAGAUCCAGGAGGCGCACGAGACGCUCAGCGACGAACAAAAACGCGAGCGAUACGACUCUGGUGCUGAUCUCAUCGAUCCUUCUGACAUGUUUGGCGGCGGAAUGGGAGGUGGCAUGGGUGGCAUGGGUGGCAUGGGCGGCGGCAUCGACCCCGAGAUUCUCAUGCAGAUGUUCGGCGGUGGCAUGGGAGGUGGCCGCGGCGGUGGAGGUGGCUUCCACUUCCAGACUGGCGGCGGCGGCGGCAACCCCUUUGGUGGUAUGGGCGGUGGCAUGCCCGAAGGCGGUGGUCGCCGGGGUCAGCAAGGAGGCUUCCCAGGCGGCUUCCCCUUCUAAGAGACAGAUGGUUGAACACACGACCAUCUCAGCAUCAAUCCUCGGUCCUCGACAAACAGUCCACGGCAGCCAACCCAGCAACGUACCGCAUGAUCUACGAUCUACUUCACGAGCGCAUCUAUUGUCCUGGUUUACUUCCUUUGUGUCUAUACCUCCACAUUUGGUUCUACGCACGGCGUUGGGUAUGGGAAGCGCGAGCUUCGAGCGCUAGUAGAAACAUAGACUGCAUGGACCGCAACAUUUUUAUGUUGGUCACUCUCAGCAUUGCAAGGAGUAUUGCUUCAGCCUCGCUAUCUGAGGCUGUGUAUAGUUGUCGCAAUUCAAUGGUUCGAAACCUAUCCAGGUGUUCUCAGUCGCAACCAUCCAUAUUGUAUUAGUGUCGUUCAAGCAAAAGUGCUGUAUAAGUCGUGAGUCUCUGGUACCUCGUGACGUAAUGCGCACAGGCCACGGUGUGCAGCAUCUUCCGUGGCU